GUGUGUGAGCUUACCCGUAGCAAAUCGUGUGAUAGUGGAUUCAGAAGAAGUGAAACUGCGCCACGGCCAUCGGAAUCUGAUUGGCGUGCGCUCGUGUGUGUUUUUUUCCGACUACGCGGUGGGUUUCUGUGGUGUGUAAAACCGUCACUGCCGACGGUUUCCGAUUGGGGCGCAAAGGGGAGCCCGUACAAAUCUACCGUUUUACGAGGUGAACCACAGCUUUUAAUUCAUUCAAUCCGGCGAGCGAGCGUCGUACCCCUCGCACUCCCUUUGCCUGCAGCUAAAGUUGCCGCACGGUUUCGAGUGUUUGUGGAACAAAAACCGGUGAACCAAUCAAGCAAAUAAAACAAAAAAUUCAGAAAAAUAACAUAUACUCUGUGUGCAUUCACAUAAAUUGUGUACGACUGUUGUUUGCUGCGCGUUCGAAGUGAAAGCGUACGACGACGACGUUGGCGAUUUUCUCGCGAUCGAGCGCGUGUUCAUUCCACCCUUCGUCCGUCCGUUCGAUUGACACCCCACGCAAGCCCGACGGCUUUUUUUUUAAGCGUCGGUUUAGAAUUUUGAGGAUUAAAUCGUUGAUUAAUACUUUAUUGAUUGUUUAGCCGGGAACUAAGUGGUGGACCGUUUAAAACCACGCAGUGAAGAGCGAAAAAAAAAGUUAGAAGAAACAGUUUCAGCACCGUCGGCGUUGGAUUUGCCUGCUAAUUGGAUUAUCUCUUCAGCUCACAACGUAUUUCGAAGCUGAAAUUGAUUCACCAGACGCCACUGCCUCGGAAGAAAGGGAGUAUUAAAUAAACCUAGCGGAAGUGUUUUGUUGUGCUACAAGUGAGAAGCGGAUUAACGGCGAGGGAAAAUAAUAAACAAGAAAAGGCUGUUUUUUUUUGGUGUGUGAACGACAGAUAGGGAAAAGAAGAAAAAGAAGAAGCAAUUGUAAAGCAAGAAGCAGUGUGGAAUUAGGUUCGUUUUUCCCCGGCAGUAAAGCAAUAGAAAAAUUGUUAUUGAGCGCUCGGAAGCAGCCGCCAUCGCUCGUUAAUUGUGUUCGGCGGGUUUUACCACCAUCAUCAUUAUUAUUAUCAAGCCCCGACGGUAUCUUCUUUCCGUCCACCAGCCGUCGGCCCAGCGAGUGGGAAAGAGAUCGUAUGGUUUGAAAGUGUGGAUAAUUAAACGUGUGGAAGUUUCGGGAAAUUAUUAGCCCCCGUCGGCUAUCCGGCAUUGCAGCAGUGUGUUUGUGAUUAGCCGAUUGCAAUUGUGAAUUAUUAAUGGUGUUGAUGUGCCGGCCUCAAAUAUAAGCAGCAAUCUAGGGCGAAACCAGACCUCUUGAUUCGAUUAAAUAUGCCGCUUUUGCUGGAAGCUGUUUAUCUAGAAUUCGAUCCAGAGUUUAUUGUUGCCGAGAGCCGCUACUGCCUGCAUCAGAUCAGUCACCGCUAGCGGUGCUAUUGUUUACCGGUUUCCAGGAAUACCAGUGCUAGAGUAAUUAAAAACAACAACUAAAAACUACGUCAUAGAGUGCCGUUUUAUCAAAGCAGCCAUUGGAUUUGUUUUGUUAUCGCCCAAGUGACACGAUGUAUCCGAAUUCAGGAAUCAACGCGGCGGCCGUGGCUGCCCGUCAUCCGGGCCCGCCACAGACCACGCAGCCGUUCAAAUUCACAAUCACUGAAAGUUGUGAUCGGAUAAAGGAAGAGUUCAACUUUCUACAAGCACAAUAUCACAAUUUAAAAAUGGAAUGCGAAAAAUUAGCGCAGGACAAAACGGAAAUGCAGCGGCACUAUGUGAUGUACUACGAGAUGUCCUACGGCCUAAAUGUGGAAAUGCACAAACAAACGGAAAUAGCGAAAAGGUUAAGUGCUAUAAUCACUCAGAUCGUACCUUUUCUGUCCCAGGAGCAUCAGCAGCAGGUUCUGACCGCGGUCGAACGAGCAAAGCAGAUUACCAUGGCCGAGCUGAACGCUGUGAUAGGGCAGCAACAACGUCCCGACCUGCCACGAUUGCUGCAGCAAAUGCACGCCCAGCAGAUCCCCGGAGCGCACGGGGCCCCACCGAUGCCGGUGGGGAUGCCACAUCCUAGUCUCGGUCCGGGCGGUCUCGGCGGACCGUUGGGCGCACUCGGCGGUACACCGCCGCAGCACCCGUUGGCCAUCCUGAACAAACAGGAACUGCACCGGCCGGAGGAAUCGAAGAGCAGCAACAGCAACAUUAUGCCAUUGGACGAUCGGCAUCGGAGUUCCAUUUCACCGAACGAUCGGGACAAAUAUCGACCCCGAACGCCGGAAUCGUCACACGAACUGAAGAAAGUCAAGAAGGAGGAGAAGGACAUGGGCCAUUCCGAUGGUGAAAAGUCCGACCAGGAUCUGGUAGUCGAUGAUGCAUCCGAGAUCAAUCCGAUGAGCCCGAUGACCAACCAGCAUCAUAAUGGAACAGCUUCACCGCGAGAAAAUGGUAUGAUGGCCAAAAAGAUGGACGUUCAAGAUCGGGAUCGCAUUGGUACCCAUUCGCCACGAUCAGGAACUUCCUCGAACGCCUCCACUCCAUCGAACAAGAAACUAGACGACAAACCGACGACACCGAUCGCCAAACCUGCCACACCCACCAAUUCGGCUGCCAGUAACGGAGUACCGAAGGUAGUGACUAAACCUCCGGUGCUGAACCCCGGUUACCCACCGUACCUCGCGGGACCACUGAACGGUGGACCCCAUGAGUUACAAGCCGCCUACGGCGGUCCAGCAGUACACAAUAACCUGCCACAUUCGCUUAAUAACUACGCUCGUGCGCCGCUGGCGUUCGAUCCUCAUCCACAGAUGCGGGCACCACUCGGUCCGAUUGCAAUUCCCGGAGGAAAACCUGCUUACUCCUUUCACGUAAACGCGGAGGGCCAAAUGCAGCCGGUGCCCUUUCCUCAGGAUGCCUUGGUAGGUCAGGGGAUACCACGGCAUGCUCGGCAAAUUAGUUCUCUGAACCAUGGCGAGGUAGUAUGCGCCGUCACGAUCUCUAAUCCCACCAAGUACGUGUACACCGGUGGUAAAGGUUGCGUCAAGGCGUGGGACAUUUCCCAGCCCAGCAACAAGAAUCCAGUGUCUCAGUUAGAUUGUCUGCAACGCGACAACUACAUUCGCUCAGUGAAACUGCUACCCGAUGGCCGAACGCUGAUCGUUGGCGGAGAGGCAUCCAAUCUGUCCAUCUGGGAUCUCGCUAGUCCGACGCCGCGAAUCAAGGCCGAGCUCACCUCGAAUGCACCCGCUUGUUACGCGCUUGCUAUUUCACCCGACUCGAAAGUGUGCUUCUCGUGCUGCUCCGACGGCAACAUUGCCGUGUGGGAUCUGCAGAAUCAAACGUUGGUGCGACAGUUCCAAGGUCACACCGAUGGGGCAUCCUGCAUCGAUAUUAGCGCCGAUGGUACAAAACUAUGGACCGGAGGGCUGGACAACACCGUUCGGUCCUGGGAUCUUCGAGAGGGCCGACAACUGCAGCAACACGACUUCACCUCGCAGAUCUUUUCGCUGGGUUACUGUCCAACUGGCGAAUGGCUCGCGGUCGGCAUGGAGAACUCCAACGUCGAGGUGCUGCACGCCAGCAAACCAGACAAGUAUCAGCUUCAUCUGCACGAAAGCUGUGUGCUCAGUUUGAAAUUCGCUGCCUGCGGAAAGUGGUUCGUGUCCACCGGCAAGGACAACUUGCUGAACGCAUGGAAGACGCCGUACGGUGCCUCGAUCUUCCAGUCGAAGGAAUCAUCCUCCGUUCUGAGCUGUGAUAUCUCCGCCGAUGAUAAGUACAUUGUGACCGGAUCGGGCGACAAAAAGGCCACAGUCUACGAGGUCAUGUACUAGUGGUACUAGAGAGUUUGUCUCUUCCCGACGGCAAUGCUUCGAUUGCUUGAAGUUUGGGCAAAGUCACUAAGAUUGAGUUAAGCAGAAAACAACCGAAAGUGUCAUAGAAUCUGACGUCCGGCGGACGACCGGCGGCGGCAGUUCGCGAAACAGUGAACAGUAACAGUAACAGAACAACCCCAACAACACAUCCACACACAUACAAGAGUAAGCUAACUAAAUUAACAACAAACAACAGCAACCUGUAAAGCCUGAUUACACUCAUUAAGCUACACUUUAAGACAGACAGGAGAAAGAUAUUAAUUGUAAAUGAAGAAGCAAAAACACGUAGAACUAAUCAACCAACGUCUGUAACGAGAGCGAUAAUAGGUUUAGAAGAAGCAUAUUGGUUCGCCAAAUUUGUGUAAAAAGUUUCACCUAAUCUUUUUGCUAGAGACGAAGAAAUGCUCAAUCGAAAGAAAGCAAAUUGUAGAGAUGCAAGAAAAUUGUAUAGAUAAGAGUACCCUCUCGCAAAGAAACCAACUCAAACCACCUCUGACAGUGGUUUAUUUGUUAAAUUGUAAAAAUCACACUACUUAUUCGACGUGUUUCUAAGCUGGACGUUUUCGUUUGCAUAGCAAUUGAUUUCAACUAAACUGAGAAACCGGCGCAGAGGUCAGAUGCUUUUAGAAUCGUUCCUAUUUUCAAGGAACAAACUUUCGUUUUGUAGAGAAGAAUAAUUUUUAACGCAUACGUUGUAUCCACUCUUUGGGAUAGAAAAUUAAAAAAAAAGUUAGUUUAAAUAAGUUCCACGAAUUUUAAAUCGUCCGGAACUCCCCUUUUUCCUUCCAGCAGAUUGAAUGUAAAAUCAGUACAUACAGAGAGUAGAGAAACGACUAAGCUUUAGCUUGAUUGUAAGCGCUUGUGGACCUUAGAAUUGUGCUAUGGUCACCUCUUAAUGCAUACCUACUAUAGUAGAGCGAUUUAUCGGUAGAACCUAAUUCCGUUUUGGCGCUUCAGAGCGGUCCUCUGGUUGAUCUGCCACCACCACGGUGGUGCAAAAACAGAGAGCCUGUAGUUUAGUCAGACGCAAACAAACAAAACAAUAUACUUAGCGAGUAAUCAUAAGAGUAUAAAAUAGAACUCAGAACUAAGUGAGGCGCGCAGUGCAGCUGAGAAUAUGUAAAGAAA